AUGAUUAUAUCCACAUUAUUAUCCUUUCUUACAUUUCUUUCUGUUGCUAAAGCGGAUGCAAAUUGGAAAACGGUGCUCAGGCUAAACAAUGGUAGCCCUGAAUUUUGGUCGUGUGACAGUGCCGUCACGAGCUAUUUAGUUUUUGACUUUGCUACUAAUAGCACUCUUGAGUAUGCCGCUUAUUAUGAUGUCAUGUGUGGAUAUGAUCCUUGUGUGGGAUCUAUGAUGCUCUGUUGUGAUAAACUUGCCAAUUCGGACCAGGCAAAAAUGAAGAAGAUAUAUCUGGUUGCAGCUUCUUCUUGUGCAGAAUAUUCAAGCUUCCAUCAUGACUGGACCUAUUUCAGGGAUCAACACAAAAAUGCGACAAAUAAACAUCUUUCAUUAGAAGAUAUUAAGAACACUUCAAUGCCAAUAUACUUACCUGCAUAUACAAAUAUGACAUCAGCUUUUACGACAUACGAUGGAUAUAAGGCAUUUUAUAAAAAUCUGGAUGAUGCAACUUAUUAUGCAAUUGGAAAUUGGUUGUUUUUUGCAUUGGUACUUGUAAUUACAAGUGUAUUCAAUUUAUUGAAAAGAAUUGGACUCCAUGUGAAUCAUAAUAAUAUCUUUGUUAAUCAUAUCAAAAGUUUCAUUACCAUUCCUGCACUUUUCCCAAAUGGAAACUAUCAACGACCAUUUGGGUGGAAGUAUUUAAGUAUUUUACUUCCCAACAGACAGGAUUCGAUCAUUCUAUCGUUAUUUACAAUUUUUCAGAUUGUGAUAUACAGUCUUCCAUAUAAUCAGGAUGAGGCUGCUUCUCUUUUUACGACAAGUACACGUGCUUGGCAAAGAUUUGUUGCCGAUAGAUCUGGAAUUUUGGCUUUUGGUAAGGUUCCACUUUUAAUUAUUUUUGCAGGAAGGAAUAAUUUCCUUGGAUAUUUGACUGGAAAGAAGUAUUCUGAUUUUAUUCAGUAUCACAAAAUAAUUGCUACCUGGAUGUUUUUAGAUGCGCUGAUUCACUCGAUUUAUUAUACUAUUCUUGAGAAAGGCGAGUAUACUCUUGAUCUACAGAGUUUGUAUUUUGUUUGUGGUGUUAUUGCAACCAGCCUUGCUGGUGGUAUCAUUUUAUUUGCCCUCCAUCCAUUUAGAAGAUAUAUGUAUGAAUGCUUUUUAUACUUUCACAUAAUCAUGGUGGUUGCAUUUAUUGUCAUGUGUUGGUAUCACUGCCAUGAACUUGGCUGGUGUGAAUGGAUAAUCGUGUCAUGUGCUCUUUGGGUUUUUGAUCGACUAUUUAGAAUUGUUCGGAUGAUUAGGUUUGGAUAUAAGAAAGCACACGUGGAAAUGAUUAAUGACACCAUGUUUAAAAUAACUAUAAACAAACCAAAAUCAUUUCACAGUACACCUGGACAGUAUGGAUUCAUCUACUUUAAAGAUCCUCUUUUAUUUUUUCAGAAUCAUCCAUUUACAAUCAUAGAAAGCGAGGAGAACAUAUUGUGCUAUAUCAAGGCAAAACGGGGUAUUACAUCUCAUAUCAUGAAAAGGCUAAUGAGAUCGCCCGAAGGUGUUCUGGAUACUUAUGUUUGUGUUGAGGGCCCAUAUGGUAAAACAGCGCCUAUUCAUCACUAUAAAAAAGGACUUCUUAUAGCGGGAGGUACAGGAAUACCUGGGAUCAUUGAUUAUGCAAUAAAAUUUGGGAAACAAAAUUUAUCUUGUACUAGAAUCAAAUUUGUUUGGAUCAUUAGAAAUCUCGAUGGCUUCGAAACUUAUAUUCAUGAUUUAAUAUCUCAAUUAAGAAAUCAGCCAGUUGAAAUAGAUUUUUAUUUGACCCAUGGAAAUGCAUCUGAAAUGGCGAAAAACAGAAGCAAAGUAGUAGAGUUGACAUGCACGAAGAAUUUUAAAUCAUCCGAUUCAGAAUCCGACCAAAAGCCUGAUGAUUCUGUGGAUUUCAUUCAUAUAAAGUACGGAAGACCCAACAUUAAAAAUCUUUUAAAAGAGAAUAUCGGAGAAGCUUCUUGCGCAAUUGUAUCAUGCGGUCCGGAUAGAUUGGAAGAUAAUAUUAGAGCUGAAUUUUCAAUUAUGGUUAAGUCUAGUAAAGAGAGACUUGAUCUUUUUGACGAGCUACAGGUAUGGUAA